AUGGCAGACAUGCUAGUAGAUGGAGCUGCUCAUAACCAGAUGCUACCUUUUAUGGAUGGCAUUGCAGGUUACAAUCAGAUCAUGGUGGCAGAAGAAGACAUCCACAAGAUAGCCUUCAUGUGUCCAGGACAUAUAGGUGCUUUUGAGUACACUGUAAUGCCUUUUGGCUUGAGAAAUGGAGGAGCCACUUAUCAAAGGGCAAUGAAUUCUGUCUUCCAUGAUGGAAAGAUCCAGCCUUUCUCCUCUUUGUUAAGAUUAAAGCAAGAACAGACCUUCAAUUGGGAAGAGCAACACCAGCUAGCUUUUGAGGAAAUCAAGCAUUACCUCUCAAAUCCACCAGUUCUGUCCCCACCAAAGAGAGGCAGACUACUCAAGCUCUAUGUUUCUGUAUCAGAAGUAUCCAUUGGAAGUCUGUUAGUUCAAGAUAACAAAGAAGGAAAGGAACAGGCAGUCUACUAUCUGAGCAAAACUCUGACAGAAGUAGAAAGAAAAUAUUCUGCAAUAGAAAGACUGUGCCUAGCCUUGUACUUCACUGCUGUAAAGCUCAGACACUACAUGUUGCCAUAUACCAUCUACAUCAUUGCCAAGACAGAUCUAAUUAAAUAUAUGCUAACCAGGCCAAUGUUGAGAGGCAGAAUUGGAAAAUGGACCUUGGCCUUAACUGAAUUUGCCUUUAGAUAUGUUCCUCAGAAGGCUGUCAAAGGACAGGCUGUGGCAGGUUUCUUAGCAGAUCAUCCUGGAGAUGAGAUUGAGAACAUGGACUCUUUGGACAUAGCAAGUGCAGAUCUGUUAACUAGAGCUCACACUUGCUUUAACAAUCCUAUCUAUUCAGUUCAUCUCACACCUUGGAAGCUGUAUUUUGAUGGAUCACAAACUGAUAUAGCUUCUGGGGUAGGGAUUGGUUUGGAAGAACCACUUGGAAUCAGACACUGUUAUUCUUUCCAGUUAGAUUUCCAGUGCACCAACAACAGGGCAGAAUAUGAAGCUCUAAUCAUAGGAUUAGAAAUGCUGGUGGAACUAAGAAUCCAAUCUGUGGAAAUCCUGGGAGAUUCAAUGCUUGUAUUAAAACAGAUUGCUGGGGAAUACAAGUGCCUAAGUCCUUCUCUAGCCGUCUACUUAGUGGCAGCUAGGAAUCUUCUGACAUAA